AUGACACCAGGGGCGCUGCUUCUGCUCCUGUUGGGGGUGCUGGGGGCGCAGCUCGCCCCGGGCGCCCGCGGCUCGGAGGCGGAGGGCCGACUCCGCGAGAAACUUUUCUCAGGCUAUGAUAGUACGGUGCGGCCGGCGCAGGAGGUGGGAGACCGUGUCUGGGUCAGCAUUGGUCUCACCCUGGCGCAACUCAUCAGCCUGAACGAGAAGGAUGAGGAGAUGAGCACAAAAGUCUACUUAGACCUGGAAUGGACUGACUACAGGCUCAGCUGGGACCCUGAGGAGCACGAGGGCAUCGAUUCACUCCGCAUCUCAGCGGAAUCCGUGUGGCUACCCGACGUGGUGCUCCUAAACAAUAACGACGGAAAUUUUGAUGUUGCUCUGGACAUCAACGUCGUGGUGUCCUCCGACGGCUCCGUGCGCUGGCAGCCCCCGGGCAUCUAUCGCAGCAGUUGCAGCAUCCAGGUCACCUACUUCCCUUUUGACUGGCAGAACUGCACCAUGGUAUUCAGUUCCUAUAGCUAUGACAGCUCAGAGGUCAGCCUGCAAACUGGCUUGAGUCCUGAGGGACAGGAGCGGCAGGAAGUGUAUAUUCAUGAAGGGACCUUUAUUGAGAAUGGCCAAUGGGAGAUUAUCCACAAGCCUUCUCGGCUAAUCCAGCCUCCAGUGGAUCCUAGGGGAGGCGGGGAAGGACGACGUGAAGAAGUCACCUUCUACCUCAUCAUUCGCCGGAAGCCUCUCUUUUACCUGGUCAACGUCAUUGCCCCAUGCAUCCUCAUCACUCUCCUGGCCAUCUUCGUCUUCUACCUGCCACCAGAUGCAGGAGAGAAGAUGGGGCUCUCCAUCUUUGCCCUGUUAACCCUCACUGUGUUCCUGCUGCUGCUGGCAGACAAAGUACCUGAGACCUCCCUGUCUGUCCCCAUCAUUAUCAAGUACCUCAUGUUUACCAUGGUCCUCGUCACCUUCUCAGUCAUCCUUAGUGUUGUGGUCCUCAACUUGCACCAUCGCUCACCCCACACCCACGAAAUGCCCCUUUGGGUUCGUCAGAUCUUCAUCCACAAACUCCCUCUGUACUUGGGUCUGAAGAGGCCCAAACCUGAGAGACAUCAGAUGCUGGAGCCACCUUCCAUAGCUCUCAGGGAUUCUCCAGGAAGUGGCUGGGGCCGGGGAACAGAUGAAUAUUUCAUCCGCAAGCCACCAAAUGAUUUUCUCUUCCCCAAACCCAACAGGUUCCAGCCUGAACUGUCUGCUCCGGACCUGCGGCGAUUUAUCGAUGGUCCAAACCGGGCUGUGGGUCUCCCUCCUGAGCUACGGGAGGUCGUUUCUUCGAUCAGCUACAUCGCUCGACAGCUGCAGGAACAGGAGGACCAUGACGCGCUGAAGGAGGACUGGCAAUUUGUGGCCAUGGUAGUGGACCGCCUCUUCCUAUGGACCUUCAUCAUCUUCACAAGCGUUGGAACCCUCGUCAUCUUUCUGGACGCCACAUACCACUUGCCCCCUGCUGACCCUUUUCCUUGA